AUGGGGCCCACUCACCAGAGAGACUUUGGCGUGCUCCCCGUGCCAAUCUGGCUCCGCCACCAAGAAGACAAGCCACUACACUUUGGCCUCUUCCUCAAUGCCAUGUUCGGCAUCUUCGCCUGCUUCACGGUAUCGAACCUCUAUUACUGCCAACCUAUCCUCGGAAAUCUUGCGAGUUCGUUCGGCAUUUCUGAAGACAGAGUAUCAAAGUCAGUGUUACUCUUGCUGACGCGCUUCAGUUAUGCCGGCGGGCUCCUCCUGGUCACGCCGCUCGGUGACAUGGUUCAGCGGCGGCAACUCAUCCUCCUGCUCGUGCUCAUCUCCGCGUCCCUCACCAUCGGACUUGCGAUCACUCGCUCACUUGUCGUGUUCGAAGUGAUUACCUUCCUUGUCGGCUUCACCAGUUGUGUCCCGCAGAUCCUCAUCCCGCUUGCCGCCGACCUCGCGCCCAUUGACCGCAAGGCAGGCGCAACCGCAAUCGUCUGGGCUGCCCUGAUGCUUGGCGUCCUCUUCGCGCGUGUCCUCUCCGGUGUCAUCACCAACUUCGUCACGUACCGCGCCGUGUACUGGCUCGCGACCGGGCUCCAGUUCGCCGUGCUCGCCGUCGCAUACCUCAUCAUCCCGAAUGUGCCGCCCAAAAACCUUGGGCUCUCGUACGCCGGCAUCCUCUGGUCCAUGGCAAAGCUCCUUGUUACGCACCCACUCCUAAUCCAGUGUGCGCUCUGUAUGAUCGUCAGCAACAUAUGCUUCACCAACUUCUGGGUGACGCUCACCUUCCUGCUUCUCGAUGCGCCCUUCCACUAUUCCUCGCUGGAUAUCGGCCUAUUCGGCUUGCUAGGCAUGCUCGGUGUCCUGCUCGGCCCGUUCCUCGGCCGCAUCCUUGACUUCAUCUACCCGUGGUGGGGCGCGGUCGCGGCGGAUGGCGCGCUGCUCGUCUUCCAGGCCGUCAUGGUCAUCGGUGCGGGCCUGAACAUCGCACCGGUCAUAAUCGCGACGCUAGGGCUCGACGUCUUCCGCCAGACGACCGCCGUCUCCCUCGUCAACAUGGCCUUCGCGGUCGACCCGCGUGCGCGCUCACGCAUCAACGCCGUCAUGAGCGUCUCGCUGUUCAUCGGGCAGAUGAUCGGGACGUCCGCGAGCACGACGGUGUUCCUGCGCUACGGCUGGCGCGCGUGCUACGGCAUGGCGCUCGCGCUGACAGGCGUGCAGGGCCUGAUCCUCCUCCUCCGCGGGCCCCACUGCCCGAAAGGCCGCUGGUUUGGGUGCGCCGGCGGUUUGGCGGUGCGCAAACCGGUCCACACCUCGCCCGCACCGGCGGCCACGGCUUCACCGGAGCCAGAGAAGGUCGAAGACGCGGAGGAUGCUGGCGAGGGCGAGAUUGGGGCAAAGACCGUGUAG